UUAUUUCCUGUGCCUCCUGGACACAUGACGAAUACAACGUGAAACUAGUCUCAGCCAGGCCUCACAAGUGCAUGUGUUUUAAGGUCCCCAAAAGAGCUCUCCUUUAAAACACCAAGGACCACAUCAGGGGACGCCGAACCAUUUGAUUCCCUUGCCAGACAUCUCGGCUCACUCCACAAUCAAUGGUGCUCGCAAUCGGAUGCACUUUUAGCCCAUUUAGGUGACAAAUAGCACAGGAAAAGCAGUGCGCACCGCUCCACCCGACAGUCGAACGGUGAGGUUUUGAGCGAGUCGCAGCAAAAUGCACGGGGCUUCUGCAGCCCACAUGACUUUAUUCUGAACGGACACAAGUCUGCUCGCUGGGCCGUUCGCUUUUGGGCCAAAAACACGGCUCCGUCGGUGACUUUUGGCCCGAUAUUGGCGACCAGAAAACACAAGUGAAAGAGCAUUUGGCCAGCCCGGAGAAGCCGAGCUGGGUGGCUUGAGUCUACAUGGUUCUCAUGUCGCGUUUAAGGCCAGCCCCCUGCACCGUGUGGAGCUUCAAUAGCGCAGAGCAGCGUCUACAGCAAAGUACUCCUCCUCACUCCCAGACUACCGUAGUGUUGUAAGUGUGUGUGUGUGUUUACCGGACCGAACGACAGACAUGGCAGAAGUCGCACCAGCACCCGCCGCCGCCGCGCCGGCCAAGGCACCCAAGAAGAAGGCAGCAGCCAAGCCCAAGAAAGCGGGACCCAGCGUAGGCGAGCUCAUCGUCAAGGCGGUGUCCGCCUCCAAGGAGAGGAGCGGCGUGUCCCUGGCCGCGCUCAAGAAGUCUCUGGCGGCAGGCGGCUACGACGUGGAGAAGAACAACUCCCGUGUCAAGAUCGCCGUCAAGAGCCUCGUCACCAAGGGCACCCUGGUCCAGACCAAGGGCACCGGUGCCUCCGGCUCCUUCAAGCUCAACAAGAAGGCCGUCGAGGCAAAGAAGCCCGCCAAGAAAGCCGCAGCCCCCAAAGCUAAGAAGGUGGCCGCCAAGAAGCCCGCCGCCGCCAAGAAGCCCAAGAAGGUAGCAGCCAAGAAGGCCGUGGCCGCAAAGAAGUCCCCCAAGAAGGCCAAGAAGCCCGCUACACCCAAAAAGGCCGCCAAGAGCCCAAAGAAGGUGAAGAAGCCCGCCGCAGCGGCGAAGAAAGCGGCCAAGAGCCCCAAGAAGGCUACCAAGGCAGCGAAGCCCAAAGCCGCCAAGCCCAAGGCAGCCAAGGCCAAGAAGGCAGCCCCCAAGAAGAAGUAAAGCUAUUACAAACAGUGUUCUUUCUACUCGACACAUGUUGUUACCACAAAAGGCUCUUUUAAGAGCCACCCACCUCUUUCCAUAAAAGCGCAUGUCAUUCCAUGUACGUCCUACCUACCUAGCUAAGAAAUGAAAUGAAUGAGUUUUAGGCAUCACAUUUUCGAGUGGCUAAAUGGCUUAACAUUUGUCACUCAAGAGUGCAGCACCCUAACCAGUCAACAUUGUUGUGUAGUGUUAGAAUUCGCAUGUCACAUUGAUCCUGAUGAUAAUAAUAAGAAUACAUACUAUAGUGGGUUGGACAGCAGCCAUUUGUAUUAUGAGCCACUCUCGAAUUGAUUGAUACAUGUUUCAUUGAUUUGAGUUCUCACUUUGGCGCUCCCGCCAACGCGAAAAAGUAACAAAAGUCGGAGGGAAACAGAGUAGCCUAGCCCUUGUCACUCUGCUGCCUGCCUGCCUGCC